AUGGUGGGCAAUGGAGGAGUGGGCAAAACUUCACUCGUCGUCAGUUACAUCUCUAAUGGGUUUCCAAGUGAAUACAUCCCCACAGCAUUUGACAAAUAUUCUGUGUUAAUAACAAUAAAUGGAGAGCCAUACGAUCUACACAUAUGUGAUACAGCUGGUCAGUCAGACUUUGACAUCCUACGGCCAUUUUGUUAUCCGAGUGUUGAUGUGUUUGUCCUUUGCUACAGUGUCAUCAGUCCAACAUCUAUGAAAGACAUUAGAAUGAAAUGGAUAAAGGAGGUACGACUAAUAAACCAACUAGUUCCGGUGGUGUUGGUGGGGACGCAACAGGACCUCAGAAAUGACGUCAAGGUUUUAUUGGACCUAGCAAAAUAUGGCCAGAAGCCUGUGAGUGAGGAAGAAGGUAGAUCACUUGCCAAAGAAAUAGGAGCGAUAGGUUACAUGGAGUGUUCAGCUCUGACGCAGAAAAACUUGAAAGAAACUUUCGACGUGGUGGUCGGUUCUGGUUUGAAUGAGAGCAGGCGAAGAUGUGGUUGA